CUUUGUUAUAGCAUUAUCUUGAUACUUUAUUAUUUAUCUCAAUGCAUUAUAGUUGAUACCACGUCUAAAUAUAAUUAAUAAUAAAUACUAAUAAGCUUGAGUUACCACAUGUGUUGAAAUCGUGAAACAUGCCCAAUGUUUAAACUUCAAACUUUAAAUAGUUUAGUAUCUACUUCCUUACAUUCUAAAAUAAUAUAAAAAUUAAGGUUACUUCAAAUAAUUUAUAAUAUCUAAUUAUAUUUUAAUUACACAGCUAUGAGUAAUCCUAAUCAAAAUAAAUGGAAAGGUGGUCGAUAUUGGCAAAAGUAUAAAAAUAAUAAUAAACUUCAACAUCAUACAACAGGCGAGUUUGAUAUUAGUGAUGUAAAUUUAAAUUUAAACAUUGACGAUACUCAAGAAGAUUUUUUUCAUGGAUGGCAACUUUAUUUUCCAACUGAAAAAUAUUAUAAAGAUAGCUUAACUGUAAAAUUAAUUUUAGCUACAAUAUCAUUUUUAAAAAAAUAUGAACAAAACAUUUCUAUUGAACAACUUAUAGAAAAUAAAUCUUAUAUUUUCAAUGUUGAUUCCUUAAAUGAAGAUGAAGAUUUCAUGUUUAUCUGGUCAAAUUUUUGGGAUGAUUUAACCAAUCAACCUAGUUAUACAUUAAAUUGUUUAGGACUUGCAAUUCAUCAAUAUGCACUAGAAGAAUUAAAUAAAAAUAUUCAUGAUGAUUGUACUAUGUUCAAAAACUUGCCUAUGAUACACCCUAGGAUAUUGAAUUUUGGUCCACUUUUUCAUUUAAAAUGUUUAAAAGCAGAAACAGAUGGAAAAUUAAUUUUAGUUCAUGGGACCGUCAUAAAAGCCAGUAGUUUAAAAUUUCAAUGUUUGUGGUUAGGAUUUUCGUGUAAUACUUGUGGUUCAAUUCAAAAUAUAAAACAACCUGAUGGUAUAUUUACAAAACCAAAACAGUGUGAUAAUAUUGCAUGUAAAAGUCAUUCAUUUUCUAUAAAUAGGAAUUUACCAUUUACUCAGACAAUUAAUUGUCAAACAAUUAGAGUUCAAGAAUUACAAAGUGAUGACCAACGAGAAAGUGGUAGAGUACCCAGGACUGUGGAAUGUGAGCUUACAAACGAUUUAGUAUAUAAUUGCAUUCCUGGUGAUGUUGUUACUGUAACUGGUAUUGUUAAGAAAAAAUUGUGUAAUUCAAAUAAACAAAGUGCACAAAAUAAAGAAUUAAACAUUUUUAUGCAAUAUAUCGAAGUAGUAUCCAUACAAAAUAACAAAAAUCAGUCAAAAGGAAAGGUUACAAGUACUGCUUUUCAAUUUACUAUGAGAGAUUAUUACUCUAUUCAAAAACUUCAUUCUAAACCUUAUCUCUUUGAAGUUAUGGUAAAUUCCAUAUGUCAAGGCAUUUAUGGUCAUGAAAUGGUGAAAGCUGGAAUGUUAUUAUCACUAUUUGGAGGAAGUAACUGUUCUCUAAAUCAAACACGAGGAGAUAUUCAUAUUUUAGUUAUUGGUGAUCCUGGUCUUGGAAAAUCACAAAUGCUUCAAUCAGUGUGUAAUAUUUCUCCAAGAGGUGUGUUUGUUUGUGGAAGUACUUGUUCAUCAGCUGGACUUACUGUAAGUUUAACUCGAGAGAAAGGCAUAGAUUUUUCUUUAGAAGCUGGGGCUGUUGUAUUAGCUGAUCAAGGUGUGUGUUGUAUUGAUGAAUUUGAUAAAAUGUCUACAGAUCAUAAUACAUUACUAGAAGCUAUGGAACAACAAACGAUAAGUAUUGCUAAAGGUGGCGUCAUUUGUUCUUUACCAUGUCGUACUACUAUAAUGGCUGCAGCAAAUCCAAUUGGUGGGCAUUAUAAUUGUGAUAAAAGUGUAUUAGAUAAUUUGAAAAUGAGUCAAGCUAUGUUAUCUCGUUUUGAUUUAAUAUUUUUAUUAAUAGAUACACCUAAUGAGAUCACUGAUAAAAAGCUAACGGCACAUGUGCUAAAUAUACAUUCAAAUAAGGUGAAAGAAACUCAAAAUGUAAACAAUUUUUCUGAAAAUUAUAGUUGUCUUAAAGAAAGAUUGUCAGAAUUUGGGAAAAGUUCCGAUUAUAUUUCUCAAGCUGAACUACGUAAAUAUAUAGCAUACGCAAGAAAAUAUGUUUCAUCUCCAACUUUGUCAAAUGAAGCAAAAGAAAUGUUACAGCAAUUUUUUAUUGAACUAAGGUCAAAUAAUUUAAGUUAUGGUAUUCCAAUAACCAUAAGACAAUUAGAAUCAUGUAUUAGAUUAGCACAAGCUAGAGCUAAAGUAGAACUGAGAGAAGAAGUUUCUGCAAAAGAUGCUUAUGAAGUUAUUGAACUGCUUAAUUUUAGCCUUGUAAAAACUCAAUGUGAUGAAUUUAGUGGUUUUGGAUUCAAAAAAAGUGUUAAAAAAACUGGAAUUCGAGCUCAAUCUAGAAAACUAUUAAAUGAAUUACAAAGACAUAAUAAAACAGAAAAAGUCUUUAAUAUUGAUCAAAUGAAGUUAUUUUCAAAACAAUUAAAUAUUGCAACUUUAGAUUUUUACAAUAUUGUAGAUCUACUAAACAAUGAAGGAAUUUUAAUUAAAAAAGGAAAUAAUAUGUAUGAACUAAAAGUUUAAUAAAUACUUUCAAAU